CCCCGAGCUGAACACUGUGUAUGUGUGUGAGAGAGAGAGCAGAGAUCAGAGCUGUGAUGGACAUCUCAUCAGUCGACCCUUCUUCCGUGGCAGAACUCUGGAACAACCUUUCCCUCUCAGGAUUCUUCUUCAAUGAGACCUUUCUCAACGAGAUGAUUCCAAACACCACGUGCGCCUUCAACAUAUCCAACUGCACCAAUGGGACCAGCGCUGACAACCGGCCGGGCAUCAGUGUAGCAGGCGUCCUCAUCCCGCUCAUAUACAUCAUCGUGUGCAUCAUCGGCCUCGGCGGAAACACUCUGGUCAUCCACAUCGUCCUGCACUACUCCAAGACGGAAUCCGUAACCAACAUCUACAUCCUUAACCUGGCCAUCGCUGAUGAGCUCUUCAUGCUCAGCCUUCCGUUCCUGGCCGUCCAGAAUGCCAUGAUGUCUUGGCCUUUCGGUUCCUUUAUGUGCCGCCUGGUGAUGACCGUUGAUGGGAUCAACCAGUUCACCAGCAUUUUCUGUCUGACGGUGAUGAGUAUCGACCGCUACCUGGCUGUGGUUCAUCCUAUCCGUUCCUCAAGGUGGAGGAGACCGCAGGUAGCCAAGGCUGUGAACGGCUCCGUGUGGGCGAUGUCCUUUAUAGUGGUUCUGCCGAUGGUGGUCUUCGCCGGUGUGUUUGAGACAGGGGGGACAUGCAACAUCAACUGGCCAGAGUCCUGCACCAUCUGCCGUGCUGCGUUCAUCAUCUACACCUCCACUGUAGGGUUCUUCUUCCCCCUGCUGGUCAUCUGCAUGUGUUACCUGCUCAUUGUGGUAAAGAUUCGCAGCUCGAGCAAAAAAGUCCACGCCACGUCGAGCAAACGGCGCAAGUCUGAGCGCAAAGUCACGCGCAUGGUGGUGAUCGUGGUGGCCGUGUUCGUCUUCUGCUGGCUGCCGUUUUACGCCCUCAACAUCAUCAACCUGAUUGUCUUUCCACCACCGAGUGAGCUGCAGGGCUUCUACUACUUUGUGGUGGUGCUGUCCUACGCCAACAGCUGCGCCAACCCCAUCGUCUACAGCUUCCUUUCUGACAACUUCAAACGAGGCUUCAGGAAGGCGCUGUGCCGCUCGUCGAGAAGGGUCGAGAGCCACGAACCCACUGAUCGUCAGGAACAGGAGGAGCGCAGGCAGAUACUGAUGCCCCGCGAGAGUCUGCAUAGAGCUGUAAGGGAAGACGAAGAUGAGGAUGAAGAAGAGUACAGGGAGGAAGUCACAGAGAUGACUGAGAUCUGCAAGAUCACUCAGAACGGGAACGGCAGCGCACAGUGCACUCGCGCCUUGCUCUCCGAGAGGCCGUCGGCUCCGGGCCAUUCGGAGCCGAGCUCUCCGAGAGCAGACACGUUUGGGAAGGGACCCGGAUUCGGGCCGAACGCAGCGCUGAUGAAUGGCGUGAAAAACGGGAACGUGAAGCCGCUGCCAGAGGAACCUGGAGAUAAAAACACGUCGCUGGGGAUCAGCUACUUGUGAAUUCGUUCGUUUCUUUGUUAUUAUGCGACAGAGCCCAAGUAUUUCUAUUCUUAUAUCUCUCAGAUGUUUAGGCCACAACUGGAACUUUGCUGAAGUGUUAGCUCAAGCCUCGUGUGUGUCCAAAACAAAUCGAGUGUAAAUGAUGUAAAUGUUGUAAAUGAUGUUCCUUUGGGACUCCUUUUCGUUAUACAUCAGAACAUUUUUAAAGCUGAGCUCAUGACUGUUCUUUCAGAUUUUUAACUCUACAUGGCUUUUAAUGGCUUUUUUAUUCAGCAUGACUGAUACCUGAACACACACAGCCGAUUUCCACACAAACUGGCAUGUAAUUAAAUCAGAAACAGAGCUGUGUGUCUUCAUGCUGCACGUCAAGACAUUCCAGCUGCAUUACACCUUCUAGAAGAUGAUGAAGAGAGACAUUUGUCUCAUACACUCCUCCUACUACAAACAUACUGUUCACUCAUAUUCCACCCACGCUCUCUCUAUCUCAC